AUGGCGGCAAAGACUACGGAAUCGGCAGCUACAAUAGCAGCAUUGCACCUAAAACAGCCUGAGCGCGCUGCUGAAAUGUAUAAGAAAGCUAGUGACCUUUAUCUAGCAAAUAUGAGCCCAGAUCGAGCCGGUGAAAUGCUGGAAAAGGAGCCAGUUAAUGUUGACAAUGCUAUUGAACUGUAUAUGGCUGCAUGUUCCUUAUUCGAAUAUGAAGAUCGUGGACGGCACGCAUUUGUUCAGUCUGAAGAGUCUGCAAUUGCAUCUGCCCUUUUAGAUGCAUUUGAACAAGGGGAUCAAGAUCUCCUAACUCAAACUGUUCGUAAACAAACAGUCAUUUUUUUGGAUAAUGAAAUCGCUAAACUGGCUAGAGGGCUACAAGUCCCUGGUGCAAUAAGUCAACUACCAACUGCACAAUCCAACACAUCGAAUAAUGAGGAUAAUUAUAUAAUACCAUAUCAUGUUGAUGAGCAGAGACCUUUACCACCAGAACCCACCGAAGCAUCAACCUCUACUUUUGCACCUAAUCAAACAGAGAUUGAAGAUGAGGACGAUAUAUGUUGA